AGGAUCUUACAAUCAGUAAUAACUCUAAGUGCGUGCGGUACGUCGACGCGUGGUGCUCGUAUUCGGGCGUACGAACGCGAGAGAAGUGGUUAUAUACAUAAACUCGGUUCGUGAAAGAUGUUACCCGACAGGAAUAUAUCAGCCGAGAUAUCAGUACGUUAGACUCAUUUAUCGUUCGAAACUAAAAACCCCUCAAAUGCAUCGGUUAUUCGUUAAGAAAAAGUCAGACCGUAGACGACCCGCCGUAACUAACAGUCCACGCGGCGGCCCGGCCCGAAAACACUUUCGCCUCGCUAUAUACACGAGGACGAGAAAUCGCAUCGUGUUUCAUUCACAACGCAAGCGCCACUGGCAAUGUCGGGAAGUGACAGCCCAACAUUCUUUCACGGCCAGCCCUGGUCGAACUGGAUCGAAAGAAUCGGACGAGACAAGCCGCUGAGCGAUGAAGAAUCAGAAGCUCAGCUUUCCAGCUCAGUCACACGGCUUGCAUCAGAAGAUAUUGAUUUAUAUGGAUUUUGUCCUGAAAGAGAUACAUUUUACACAGUGGUAUGCGAGACCUGCCAUGCAAUAGUCAAACCACAAGCUCUCAUUCAGCAUAUGGAAAGUCGCCAUCCCUCUGGUACGGUCAACUUUCCACCUCCUUCCACUCCGGUGGUAAAACCUCCGCUGAAGACGCCUUAUUGCAAAGUUUCGAAACUCAAAAAGACGCAGCCGUCGCCGCAGAUAUCUACCAGUGGAAACAGUAGUAAGAUAAAUCACACGAAUGUGAAACGAAGCAACGAGCAGCCGAGUAUCUCAACAAGUUUAUCAUCUACGCCCGUACCGAUUUCUUCGUCACCACGAUCGCCUCUGGAGUCAUUAUCGUCGUCGACUUCGAACUCUGGCUCGACGGUCGCCUCCAGCCCCGUGAAAAGCCCCGGAACCGGUCAGCCGCGUCGGAAGAGGCUCAAGACCGACCGGUCUUUGCUCAAGGAUCGAGAGUACGAUCCGGACAAGCAUUGUGGCGUCUGGAACGACGAGACCGGCAAGCCGUGCACCAGGUCGCUCACGUGCAAAGCUCACACGGUUUCGUUGCGACGGACAGUCGUCGGGCGGAGCAAAACCUUCGACAAGCUCCUCGCGGAGCACCGCGCCUCGAAGGAGGUCCCGAGCCGGCCGAAAGUGAUCAUGACUGGAACAUUAACAGUGUCAUCCGCGCCCUCGAUCUUGAACCCGCUGACGCCUACAACGCCUGUCUUGACGAUCGAAACCGAAGCGCCCAGUUCACCACCCGUUCUAUCGCUGCCAGACACGUAUCCACUGCCAAAGGCUGUUGAUUUGCUUUAUCGGUGUCUGGCCCCGCAUGGCUCCACUAAACCUACCAAACUCGAAGAAGACUUCGCCAACGAGGAGCUGAGGAGCCUGGAGUCGUCGCUAGUGAACUCGACCGGUACUUCGCAGUCGAGCUCUAUGAUGGCCCCGAUACCCGUGGUGUUGCCAUCGUUGUCACCGUUGCCGGCGAACAACGACGAGUCCUCGUCGUCGAUCGCCACCUUGAUACCGAGCACGGCAUCCCCGGCUAUACCGGUGCCAGCCACACUGCCAGCCACAUGUACGCAGCCGUCGUUGGUCACGACCGUCCUCGAGGCCGAGACGCCGAUCGACAUCGACCCGGAAGCGGCGAUGACCAUCUAUUCUCCGGUCUACAAGGACAAGUCGAAGUUGGUCCUGCAGCUACCGCGUUCGAACAACAUCGCCCACUCACCUAUAUCUUCAAUGCCAAGUCUGAUAUUCGAACCGAUCGAGCAAUUCGAACAACUGGAACAACUGGAGCAACAACACGUGACGCAGAUAAACGGGAAGAGACUGAACCACGCGACGGCCCGUUCGAGUCCCAUUGCCCAACGGCAAUCGAAGAGGACCAAGCAUCGAGAGUACCAUCAGCAGGACCUGUCCACGGCUAUACAGGUCGAGGCAACCACGACCUCGUCGCCUUACCCUCAUUUCGGGGACAUAUCUUGGUCGAACUGUCAUCCGGAGCCACUGGCGGUCAGUCGGUGGCUUCGUAUUUCGUCCAGCCGUAAGCAGUACAACUUUAAUAUUCACUGACAUAAAACCCCACCCACUCCAGGCUGAGGACCGUGCGCCAUAGGCGUUUGUCUACCUCCUCUUUUUUUCGAGAUCCUUUUUUUCACGAUCGCCCUCGUCGCCGUCGCCGAUGUGGUCUAGGUCUGAAGCCUGUCGAGAAGGGGACAAAGUUUUGAUGUGAACUCGAUGCGAUAAGCAUGCGCACACCGGAAAUUAUAAGCGCGGACACUGUAAUUCAUCACGUGAAAUCGGAACGAUAAUGACAUCAUUUGCAUGCUUCUUCUGUCUGUCGAAACGAAAAUCUCGAGCAGAAACUACGGCAACGAGCCAUUUUUGUUUUGCUUUUUUCGUGUAUCGUCUGACGUCUCUUUUGCCGGACGACCGUUUCGUUCGUAACAACCACCGAUCAAAGGUUCAUGGGCUAAUCGCAUUAUUGCAUCGCUCACAUAGAAGGAACGAACGAGGUUUCGCUGAGGAAAGAAGAUAUUCUUAACUUCGUUUCCAGUUUGCAAAAUUUUUUACUGUCGAGUCGAUGUAAAAAAGAACGCGAAUCUCACCGGCAAACAUUCCUCGAAGAUUAACAUUGUCCCGUGUACCGAAAGAAACGGUGUAUCGAAGAAUGAGUGUGGAUCAUCGAGUGAUGCGACAAUAGCAACGUUUAGCCUCCUUUUCACGUAUUAUAUUGGUAGUAGAUAAGUUCUUGUUCAGCAUCGACUGAAGUAUCUAUUACUUCUUUUUCCACGAAACUGAAUUUUUUACUGAAGAUGGUUAGAAAUCUCUCUUGACGCAGGUCAACAAUGGGUUCAAAUUCAUUGCGUAUUAUCGUGACGCUUAAUCGUUUAAAAACAAAACGUAAUGCACGUGCAGAGAAAAAGUGCAAGUAAGAAAGGAGAAACAAACAAAUACGUAUUGAGAUGGUUCAGAGUUCACGAUUGCAUGUAGUGAUUCGAAGUUUUCCGCGAUGAGGGAAGCGACGGUAGUGAUAAAUGGAAUGAAGCAAACAUCGAAUUUUAGCCGAUUAGUUUCGUGUAUGCUUGCGUGCGUGUAGAAGAAAAGAGUGAAAGAGUGAAGGUGAAAAUAUCUUCGUUGUACAGAACGUUUCGGUAGGAAGAGGUAGGUAAAGGAUAGAAGUGACAAGUAGUGAUGAUUUCUAUUUUCUUGUUUUAUUGAUUCUUUCCAAGAUGCUGUUAAGUGACACGUGCGUGAGACAUCAGCCAAAAUUACUUCUUUUUCUUUGUAGAAUAACCGAGGAAUCGCUGAGACUCCUUUUGUAAAUACAUUUAGUGAGAAUGUAAAAAAGUAGUUUGGUCGAUCAUCGGGUAACAGUCUUCGCACGCAGGACCUUCGACUUAUUUUCCAGUUAAACUCGGUCCGCGUACGGAGUGUCUCAUCUUGUAUAUACACACAGGAAUAUAUAUCAUAGCAUACAUAUACAUAUAUUUUUUUUAUCGAUCACGAUCUCUUCAAUGUUUUUACGUAUAUACAUAAAUACAUACGUACAUAUACAUGUAAUAUUAUUCGCGACCUCAACCGCUGUCGUUUAGUUUUAUGACUUCUUAUUCAUGUUAUUUAGAGUUGAUGUUUUGUUUCGUGAUUUAAAUUUGGAAGCGGAUUCGACGAGUCGUUUCGAAAGUCGAGUUUAGCAAACCGUACAUAUUGUCCUGAUUUACAAUAGGUAUCGUUCGCUGCUCACCGUUCACCCACCUAUUCGAGACGACUUAUUUUUGUAACUGUGUCGUUUCUAAUUUCCGUGAUGUGCUACGCGUCGAUUUCUUGAAUGUGGCGCAACAAGUGGCAUGUAGUGUAUACAUAUAUUUACGGAUUUUUUUUAUUAUAGAUUGUGAUAUUUAACUAAUGAACGAUUAGUCAAGAUUAUUCUAUAUAAUACGCGUAUAGUGAGAGAGGGCGAGUGAUAGGCGCUCAAGGUAGGGAGAAAAUGGGGAAAAAAAGGAAAACGAACAGGAGAUUGAUUAUUGAGAUUAAUCGGUCCUUCGACGUGGAGAAACGGAACGUUAGAAUCAGAAUUAAAAUUGUUUACGUUUAGUUUGACUGCAAUUAUCGCCCCUCGUGUAGGGGAAGUUCUGCUCUGUGUAUCGUGUUUGUAGCGUUUUUAGAUGACAUUUCUAUUUCGUCGUUUUCCCGUUUUAUGUUCGCGCGUAUGCAGCGACUCGAUAACUAUUUUCUGGACGUAACAAGAGAUGAAAAUAAGAACAAAUAGAUAGAUAGAUAGGUAACAAAAAAGAAACAAGGAAAGUGGGAGUAGGAGGAAAAUCAGCGUCGUAAGGAACGACGUGGAUGUAACGUUAUUUGAAGCCGACGAAGGGACGUUGAUUUUUCGUUACCGCGCAGUAUAAAUAAUAACGCUACCGACGUUAUUAUUACAAACGAAUGUUAUAUUAUUUGAAGAAGACGAAAACGCGUCGCGUCGGUCCGCGCUUGUUCCUCACCGCCGCGAAACCUCGCUAGACACGGCGAUCGAUCGAUGUACGCUUUCUGCAUAUAAGACGCAUUAUUAAUUCUCUUUAUAUAUCAUUUCACCUUACGAUCUUACGUUUGAAUUAAUUAAGCAUUCGUUGACGAUCACAGUAGCGAGAGAUUCUCGUAAAAGAUGAGUCCUCGAGCAUCGAUCGAACGUCGUAAUGAAACGGGGGGAAAAAGUAGUAGUAGCAAUAAAUUGUUCGAUAGCAAAUGAUUAGAAGUAACGGGGUGACGAACGGACCGACGCGAUUUUUCCGUGUUUCCAAUCGUCUGUUUACUGAUCUUCUCGGCUACCUGAAAUCGUGAUAACUUGUACAUAAAUCGCGUAAGCAAUUACCCACAGUACCUAUGGUAUGAGAUCUACAUAUAUAGGUAUAUAUUAUAUAUAUACAUAUAUGAUUAUAUAUAUAUAUAUAUAUACAUAUAUUACGAAAAUCUAUUGAAAAGUUGAAGGGGAGAGACAUAGUGAAAUCGCAAGCGUUUAUCCGAAUGCUAUUUAACCCGCUGCGCUCGUUUUCCGAGCGUAUCUUAACUAAACGCCGUGUAUUAGAGAGAGGAUGAAACUUACAAUAGGCCGUAUGAUUUAAACCGACACAUGUAUUUACGUAUAGCGUGUGAAUAUUUCCUGUACAUAACAAGUGCCCCGUGCAUGCUUGCGCCACACGAAAUGCUGCAUGCAUGCGCGAAACCGUGUACGAUCUUUUUUAGAGUACCACAUUAAUACUACUACAACUACUACUAGUACUGCAACUACUACUACUACUACUAUUACUAUUAUUACCACCUACGUACCACACGUUAGUGUUCAUCGAUCGAUGUUAUUUCGCGCGAGCUCCGAAGUAACGAUGCUCGAGUAUCCCGCAGCUGUAUAUACCGACUCGAGCGACAACAAUAAUAAUAAUUAUCACACUAUCAGUAAACGAAAACGUUAUAUGCCGAACGAAAUAGAGAAAAGAAACGGAAGGAAGAAGAAAAACGCUAUUCCUCCAAUAGUUGAUUAAUAGACGAACGACUGAAAUAAUUUCGUGAGAAGAGAUACGAAACAUUUUUUUAAACGGAUUUAAACUUGCAGAGCAAUAAUACAUAUUCCACGACUAAGCAAGCGAGUGCACAGCAAUAAUACUAAUUUCUGUAAUUACUGUAAUGUUAAGAACACGUUCAAACAGAACGGUUUUUCAGUACGAAAACGCGGAUAAAAGAAGUUUUUGUUCAUUCGGUUUAAAAUCCAAAGUCAAAAUCAGUAAAGGAAUAUUGUUUUUCGUUUUCUAUAAUCUUUAUAUCUUCCGUUUGCUCUGGUUAUCGCCUGUGUAUUUCUAUUAUUUCUGUUUUCCUUCGACGGUACAUGGAGAGAAUACGACCGUCCGAUGUUUAAUCGAUGAUUCUUUUUCGUUCCGGUUUUUUUUUUUAGGUGGAUCCCGUCCGAAUAACCCGGAACGCGCGUUAGUAUUUUCGUUCCGCCCGUUAAAUUAACAAAAUCCCGCGUGAAACUGCUGUGCAGCAGACAUUUCGUGGCUCGCAUAAGACUGAGUACGCUUGAGACGAGGAAGGAAACGAAUUGUACGUCUGCGGCGUGUCUGAAGUCGACCAACUCGCCGUUCGUAGAGAAAGAUUGUUUCUUUUGUAAUUAACGAUUUCGUUGCGGAGAUCGCGGUUUUGUUUGUGUUUGAAUGUUGGAGAGCAACCGGGAGAGUGAGAGUAAGAGAAUGAGAAAGACGGAUCGAUUUUAGCCGUCGUGCACGAAUUGCCACUCUUUCGGUCCAGAAUCGUGCGUCGGAAGCGGCAGAAGUACGAUUUCGCGUUUCCACAUAGCCCCCCUUCCCUUCCCUCCCCCCUCGUUGUUUCGCGUACACAACGGCGACGCUGUAAUUUCACACGGAAAGAAAGAAGUAAUGAUGAAAACUAGUAAUACUGCUCUGACUUCGUUCAUGACGCAAGAAGAUAUGACGAGAUACUUUUUGUGGCAUUUAAUUUAAAUAUACGUUUUAUAUUUAUUUGUAAGUUGAUUUUGUUCAUUCAGUCCGUCUCUCACCUUCCAACCAUAUUCGUCUAUUUUCCACGUAUGUAUUCACUAAGUCAUUUUCGUGGGUAACGUUAGUAAAAAAUUCGCAUGUGCUUUUCUAUUCACCACAUAUCAUUUACAUAAUUGUUAGUUGGAAAAUCGAUUGAAUUUUACACGAAUUUAUUAUGAAUAUAUUUAUUAAUAUCUUUCAUUGUUAUAAGCUUUGUGUUAGAUUUAUAUCGUAACACAUGCUGAUUGUAUUUGUAAUCUGCUGUCGUAAGUGUCUUUCGAACUAGAAUACACGCGGUCACGCAUAGGCACGCGUGAGAAUCGAUGGAUUAGAGUCAGCUGAUUAAAUUGGUUUUUCCAGGCGGUAGGGUUUCACUGGCAACGGACCCGCGAGUUAUUUUGAAAGCGAUUACCCUUUCGGGAGAAGAAAGGAUCCGUUAAAAUAUAAAAUUAGAGAGUAUACUUAAAAUAGUGUGUCGGUCGCCUUUUGAAGUCAGACAGUACACACGUUCCUUGGCGCUUCCUCCUCGCGCGAACGUAUCUGCUUGGGAGAGAGAAGAAAAGAUGUGUUACAUUUAAAAGUUUAACGGCUAACUGAUAAGCGCAGAGCUCGUCAUUUACCAUUUCCGUGCAGCGACUGACUUUGUACAAUACGUGUAAGAAAUCUGCAUUGAUAGGAUACGCCGCGUUCGCAGUUAGGGGUUUCCUUGCGAAAGUCAUUUCCCAGUUCGCUUUUCUUAUAAUGUCACAAAUCAGAUUCUUUAUUUUAUUCGUAGGUAUAUUCAUUUUUUAUUGUUUCCCGACAGAUUUUAAGAUUCUAAAAUUCUAAAAUAUUCAUAAAAGAUAAGGAAAGUAGAUUAGGAAAUGGCUUUCACUCUACCUUGUGCGAAAGGCAUCUUUGGUCCUGCCCUUAAUGAGAAGUAGAAUAUUGUCCUAUUUAAUACUUAACGUAUUUAGUGGGUCUUAGUGCCAUCGCUUAAUACCACGAAUUCGGAAUCAAAGGUGCCGUUCGUACACUCUCCCGCGAUAUUUACCUAAUAAUAAUAUUUUUUUAUGCACAAACUGGCCGAUACCAGGGGAAAAGGAAAAGACAGUAUAACAGUAUAACGCUUCGAGUAUAGAUCAUACGUAUACAUAAUAAAUUGAUAGUUUUCGUCGAUCAAGAAAUGUGAAACAUACGUACGUACAUAGGUACAUACUACCAUUACUAUCUACCUUGUUUAUAGUCUUCUUCACCUCAACGAUUUAAUCGCGUCAACUAAAGAGUGAACAUUGUCGCGUUUAAUCGUUCAAUCUAUUACUUAUCGAGUGAAUUCCUAUUAAAUAAGAAACGAAAGAUUCUGACGAUCCAGGUAAACAUUAUUUCACGAUUAUCGAUUCAGACUUUCGAUCAGAUCCGACACUCGGUGUCCCUUUGAGCGUUUACUUUUAUACAAUUAAAUUACUCUUGUUCCAUAAGAGCAUCUUUCCAUUUAUGAUAGUAUAUUUCUAGGAAAGUAUAGCUAAGUGGCCGGCGUUGUGAAUAUUUGUAAAAAAUGAACGGGGGAUGUUAAAAUGGCACACGCUCGUGAUCACGUUUCUCUCAGGUAUUUAGCGUGUCUGUAAUCUGUAUAAUAAAUAAUUCAGAGACCUUCUCCUUCCGCAAGGUAGUAUACGAUGUAAACCAAGAUCCGAUCUCGUGUUUCUCUUAGAAGCUUCCUCCGUAAUCGUAAUUUUCAUCGUGUUUGAGAAUUCAGAAAAAUCCAUUAAACGUACUUGUAGACAAAAAAAAAGAGAAGUCAUUGCACGAACGUGCUUGUCGUGCAUUGAACGAUCGUGAGAAUAUAGACUGGAGAGAAAAUAUUCAUACAGUAUUGCAAAUUUGUUUUUACAUUUUUUUAAUCAGUUAAAUGAGAAAGUCUGAUACAGGAGGAGUUAUUAAUUAACAUUAUCGAUCUCCUGCACGUCAAUAAAUAUAUCUCUAACUAUGCAGAAAUUUUUAAACAUUCUCAGAAACUGUUCCCAAGGAACAAUUUUAUCGUUCAGUUUUACAUCUCAUCUCUAACCGUACGAGUGAGGCGUUCGCGAUCAACCGGUAAAAGUAGACUAAGAGAAAACUCUGAAGUAAAACGCGAAACCAUAAAAGUAACAUUGAACUCUCAUGCAUCCUGUUAUGGAAACUAUACUUCAUUUUUAAUGUCGGUAGAAGAGUAUGUAAGCAACGUACGCGUGUCGCUUUUUGAGAAAGAACGUGACAAGCGUAUCAUUGUGUUUUAUUCAAAAGCGAAGCUACGACGAAACAGUAUUAGGAGAAGAGGUAGGUGAAGUUUUGACCCGAUGAUCGGGCGAACGGUCACCGCGAUGAUUUUCACAAAUUACAAGCGUAACGAGCGACCGGUGUAUUUCGCAUCGUACCUCGAAUGCUGACUAAGCUGAUUGUCUUAAUUUAUUUUAAGAUUACGCGUGAUAAUUCAGAAAAAUACGAAACGAAGGAAUUGAGAAGAUGGAUGUUGGUUUUAUUAAGGAAAGAAAGGAGACAAUGUCGAUGCGAGAAAGUGGACGCGUGUAUGACGUGGAGAGUUUCGGAGUGCGAUCAGCAGAGGCAGUAUUGUUACACCGUUGAUCGUUAUAUGUGCAUAAAAAGCUUCAGAAAUAAAAGAAAUCUGAAUCCCAA